AUGCUUCGAUCCACGACCUUGCAACGGCUGCGGCCGGCUGUUUUUCGAGUCCAGCGAUGGAACUCCACCACCACAUCUGCUCCCAAACCCUCCACCACCCACUCGGACAUUGUGGUGGUUGGAGGAGGUCCUGCCGGCUUGACCAUUGCCGCUGCCCUCAAACACUACCCUGAGACGGUCAACAAGUCUGUGACUCUUGUUGAGUUUGGGUCUCUGGACAAUCUGAAGACCUGGGGCCCCGAUAUGGAGCGGUUUGAGAACCGAGUCAGUUCUCUGACCCCCUCUUCGGUCGAGUAUCUGACCAAGAUCGGCGUGUGGGAACAUGUCAACCGAGACCGAGUUCAGGCCUACAGACACAUGACAGCGUGGGAUGGAGUGUCGGGCUCUAAGGUGCAGUUCAACACCACCCAAUUGAUGGGCGAGGGCCGAGAUAUCGCCUACAUGACCGAAAACUUCAACCUGCAGAACGGCUUGCUCAAGCAGCUGGCAAAUAAGCCCAAUCUGACGAUCCUGGACAAGACCAAGGUGGAGGGCGUUGAGCGAACACCCGAAUCGCACAACAAGCCCCUUGUCAAGCUCUCCAAUGGUUCUACUAUCUCUACUGAUCUGCUGAUCGGUGCUGAUGGAGCCAACUCUCCUGUUCGAACCUUUUCCGGUAUCGAGGCACGAGGAUGGGACUACAACACCCACGGUCUGGUUGCCACCGUGCGUCUGGCCAACGAGCAGCAGUCGGCAUGGCAGCGAUUCCUCCCCACCGGUCCCAUUGCUCUUCUUCCUCUGCCUAACAGAUUCGGCUCGCUCGUCUGGUCCACCACCCCCAAGAUGGCCGCCCAGCUCAAGCAGCUGACUCCCGAGCAGUUUGUCAUGAUGGUUAACUGUGCAUUCAACCUCGAGCCCACCGACAUUGAGUACCUGGUUGAACAUCCCGAUGAAAUCAUGACUGACGCUCCUUACAGACUGUCUCAGCGAUCUUCUAACCCCGACGUGCCCUGCCCCAUUGUUGCUGUCCAAGACAAGUCGCGAGCCUCCUUCCCUCUUAAGAUGAAGCAUGCCGACACUUAUAUUGCCGAGAACGUGGCUCUGGUUGGAGAUGCUGCCCACACCACCCAUCCUCUAGCAGGACAGGGUCUCAACAUGGGCCAGGGAGACGCCCAGAGUCUGGCCAUUGCCAUUCGAAACGCUGCGGGGCGUGGAGCCGAUAUUGGAUCCACCCUGACCCUGGAGCCCUACUGGGCCGACCAGUACUUUAAGAACCACAAGCUGCUGGGCGUGGUCGACAAGCUGCACAAGUUGUACUCGACCCGAAACCCGCUGGUGGUUGGUCUGCGGUCGUUGGGUCUUGAUGCGGUCAAUAGUGUCAAGCCCGUGAAGGAUUUCUUGAUGUCUCAGGCGUCGUAA